GAGCAACGUGAGGCGGGACGGAAGCCUCUUUGGGUCAGACUGUGGCGACGCGGGAAGUCCGGACGCCGUAGCGGCCUGAAGAAGAGGCUUGAGACCGCGGCGCGGGCCCCGGUGGCCGCAAUGGCGGAGAGGCCCGAGGACCUAAACCUACCCAAUGCCGUCAUCACCAGGAUCAUCAAGGAGGCGCUCCCGGACGGUGUCAACAUCUCCAAGGAGGCCCGCAGCGCCAUCUCCCGCGCCGCCAGCGUCUUCGUGCUGUACGCCACUUCCUGUGCCAACAACUUCGCGAUGAAAGGGAAACGCAAGACCCUGAAUGCCAGCGACGUGCUCUCAGCCAUGGAAGAGAUGGAGUUCCAGCGGUUCGUUACCCCGUUGAAAGAAGCUCUGGAAGCGUACAGGCGAGAGCAGAAAGGCAAGAAGGAAGCUUCAGAGCAAAAGAAGAAGGACAAAGACAAAAAGACGGAUUCAGAAGAGCAAGACAAGAGCAGGGAGGAGGACAACGACGAAGACGAGGAAAGGCUGGAAGAAGACGAACAGAAUGAAGAAGAGGACGUGGACAACUGAUGGGAUGGGAAGGUACCACCCUGACCUGGGGUACGUUUGUGAGAAGCUUUUCCCCGUUGGGCAGAGUAGUCUUAGCCAGAAGAGCCCGAGAAGAUCAAAAUCAAAACUGGCAAUUGAAUCAUCAUCCAAACCAGCGCUUCCGUCAGAGCAUCUGAGUAGCAGAAUCCUGUUUUGCUAAAUCAGUCUGACGGUAAUGACUUUCAGGCGAGAGAGCGAUUCUGAGCGGCUAAUGUAAUUAGUCGAUCUGAUCUCUCUUGUUUUCUUACAUAUGUGGUUAGGCAGUUUUUGAUCCCCAGUUCCCUUCCGACCCCCACUCCCCGAAAAAAUAAUAAUAAUAACUUCCAUGCUGCCUGCUGUGUUCCAGAUCACAGAGGCAGUCAAAGCUCAGGAAGAUUUGGGGCUUUGAGUGUGACCAGUCUGUUGUGAUUGUACAGGAUUUGGCAGUACUAGCUUAUUACAAGUGUUCAGAAUGGUUUGGCUUUAGGAAAGUACUAAAAGACUAUGGGAAAAUGAAAUCUGUUGUCUCUUCACUUUAUGGUGACACUCAUUGAAUUUUGGUCCCUACGUUGCUUGGAGCCCCUCUAUAUUGCUGGCUAGGCAUUGGACCUGCUGGGGUGACUGCAUCUGGCCUGAUAGGCUCUACAGCAGCCGCGUAGAGUGGAAUUAGUCAAGCAAGUGUGCCAAUAUCUUACUCUUCCCAAACCAACCAGCCAACCACAGAUGGCUUAGUCUUAGAUGCACCUCACCGCCUGCUACUGCAUUGUCACCUCCUGGAAGGUAUAAAAUUCCAGUCUUUCUCUUCCUGUAGUCCGCUUCCCAAGCUUGUGAUUUUCGUUUUUUUCAUUCUUCCAAUUCCUGACAAGUCCCAAACUUAACUUUUUUGUAUGCACAACUUUGUCUUUCUGCCUUCCUGUCACUCUUCUGCCUCUCUUCCGUUCCCCAUUCCACUUUCUCUCUCCCUCCUUUUCUCACAUCUGCCAACCCAGAAACUUUGAUAACCUGCUUAAUAUCCCAAAGGGCAGAAAUUUGAUGGUGCUCAGGAAUCUAAUCCCCACCUCCAAAGCCAACCCCUUUAACCACUUCUAAAGUAACUCUUGAUCGGUCUUAUUUUUUUUUUUUCUAUCUUGACAUGUGGUGCCCCAAGCACUUUUUUGUUUGUCUCUAAGUUGAGUGCUUGGAGGUUGCCAGGUAGAGAGGUGUAUGUAGUUUGAUACUGUUAAUUUGUUAAAUGAAUACAGUCAAAAGCUCGUUGACAACUAAGUGAAGAAGGUUGAGGAAAAUUAUAAUGCUUUGUAUAAAUAAAGAACAUUCUUGUUAAAAGUGA